UAUAUUUCAGUUGAGCUGGCGUUUUUAUAAUAUUUUUAAAAUGUUGAAGUUACAAAUAGCAAAUGCCCAAGAUCGCAAGGAGGCUCAAAACAGAGAGAGAAGACGACAAUGUGAAUUGGAAAGAAGGUCCCGGAUUUUCAAUGCAAGAAAUAGGAAAAUCGGUGUUGAUCUACCAUUCUUGGAGCGUCAGGUGGAAGAGAAGCGCGCUGAACGAGGUGAGCAAGAGAGGAAGAACUUGGCUUUCGCUCAGCAGAUGAUCAAGGACAGUAAUCUUGCCGUUGUCCUCGAGGCCAGGGAGAGAGAAGAACGCCGUCGUAUCGGUGUAGAAAUAGACGAAUUCCGUCAGAAGUACCAACGUAAAGAAGAUCGACGCGAAUUCGAUCUUAACAAUCCUGAAGCAUUAAAAAUGCAACUACCGCCUAGACAAUCUGACGGCGAACCAGUGGGUAUGUCCAGCGCACAAAAAUUCGAAGGUGAAGAUCUUGAAUACGAAGAACGUAAAAAGAUAAUGGCAGCUCAGAAAAAUGCGUGGCUUGAACAACAGGUUCAAGAGCGUAAAGCUGCCGAGGAGGAACGCAAGAAAGCGGAAGCAGCAUACAUGAUGGCAAUAAAGGCUAGAGAUGCACGCGCAGGAGAUCUUGACAAACUGGAGCGAGAGUGUCGUUAUCGUUUGGGUCAGGCAAACUUGCGCUACAACGAAGCAUUGGCAGCCGAGAAGAAACAAUUAGAGCAAAUAAUGAAAGAACAGGAAGAAGCUGACAAUGCCGCGGAAAUGUACAACAAUCUCACUUCAGACAUGCUCACUGAAAACCCGGACGUAGCUAAGAGUGCUUUGGGGAACAAUAGAGCUAUCGGUUUUAUGUAUAAAGGUAUGAACCAUGAGGAAUUGAAGAAAUUUUACGCGGCACAGAAAGAACAGAUGGCUGCAGCUAAGGCAAAGCGUGAGGCAGAAGAAAAAAUGGAGGCUGAGUGGCAAGCUUUAGCGAAGUCCAUACAACGAGAGGUCGCAAGACAAGACAUUGAGGACCAGAGGAAGAGGAGGGAAAUUGCACGCCAGUUGAUGGAAGAAAAUCAAUUACUCGCGCUUCAGCAGAAGGAGACGGAGAAAUAUUUCAAGCAAGUCGUCUACAACAACACGCCGACCGACGAUUACUAUUCGCAAUUUAAUACAACUACUAGAUAAAUUUUGCCAUCAGUGUACGAAAUUUGGCGCGAGUCGUAUUGGACCAUAAAAUAAAAAAUUUCAAGAAAACUUUACAACGCAUUUAGCUGUUAUUCAUAAACAUAUUCAUUGUUUAUGUAUAGUGGCAUUUUGGCCAUGCUUGUUGACCAC